AAUAGUACAAGAGAUUGUUGUCCACCAAAGCCGUUAGAUGGACAGUUGACCCCGUGAAAAACACCAAAUAAUAACAACAGUACAAGAAUCUGUCAAAUUUUUUAACAACAAAUCAAUUUCAUGGGUUAUGCCUUGAAUUUUUUUAAGCAACUGCAAUUAUUAAAUAAUUCAUAAAUAAACAAUCAAUUAGCACACAGCUUGUGUCAAGUAUUACAAAAUACAUAAUUAUUCUUUUUUUUCACGUUCUUGUUGUUUAAUAAAAAGUAUAAUAAAUAUAUUAAAUAAAGUUUGAGCAUAAAGUUUAAAACAGAUAUUGAAAGAAUGAACAACUCUUUGGAUCCACGACGUCCUGAUAAAGUGACAAGAUACAGGCCAUCAGUUGCUGCUGCUGCUGCAGUUGAAAGUAGUCAAGCCCAACCUGGUGAUGACUUGACACCAGAUUAUAUGAAUAUAUUGGGUAUGAUAUUCAGCAUGUGUGGAUUAAUGAUGAGACUCAAAUGGUGUGCCUGGGUUGCACUAUAUUGUUCAUGUAUUAGUUUUGCCAAUUCAAGAAAAACUGAUGAUACUAAACAAAUUCUAAGUAGUUUUAUGCUAUCAAUAUCAGCUGUUGUCAUGUCAUAUUUACAAAAUCCACAACCAAUGACUCCACCUUGGGCAUCAGUGCUUCAAUAAAAUAAAUCAACAUUAUAAAAUAUUAUUUUGUUACAUACACAAAACAAUUAAUAAAUGAAAAUAUAUAAUUAA